AUGUCAGAUUUAUGGUAUGUUGUUUACAAGACUCCGUCGUUUUGAUUUCUUCAGAUGUCCAUGUAUUUUUUGGAAAGAGGGUGGCAUAGUUCAAGGCCGCCAACGAAGCGGCGAUCUUAAAAUUGCUAUCUAUGUGACAGCCGUUUGGCAGCACAAAUUUUUUCAACACCGCGCCAAGUGCCAUCCUUUGGGAUUGACUGGGCGUCAUCGCCAUCGCCAUCGCCAUCGCCAUUGUGCUCGAACUAUGCAGAUAUAAACGAUGUGACCAAUCGGUCUCGGCAAUUGCAUCCAUUUCUUCCAGAAAAUUUCAAUAUAAAGUACCCACAGCAAUAAAAACCGCAAGAGCCUAUGCUAACGUAUUUCCUUUUCCCACUUUCUAGUCCUGUUUACGCUCCAUUCUUUGGAUCAAUCGGCUGUGCCGCAGCAAUCGUCUUUACGUGCUUUGGAGCAUCGUACGGUACUGCUAAGUCCGGUGUUGGUAUCUGUGCCACUUCCGUUACCAGACCAGACUUGUUGGUGAAAAACGUUGUCCCCGUGGUUAUGGCUGGUAUUAUUGCCAUUUACGGGUUGGUGGUCUCGGUGUUGGUGAGUGAUUCUCUUGCUCAAAAGCAAGCAUUGUACACUGGAUUCAUCCAAUUGGGUGCUGGUUUAUCUGUGGGAUUGUCCGGUUUGGCUGCCGGAUUUGCCAUUGGUAUCGUGGGUGAUGCCGGUGUGAGAGGUACUGCUCAACAACCAAGAUUGUUCGUUGGUAUGAUUUUGAUUUUGAUUUUCGCCGAAGUCUUGGGAUUGUACGGUUUGAUUGUUGCUUUAUUGUUGAACUCUAGAGCAUCUCAAGAUGUUACUUGUUAA